GAUAGACUUCAAACAUUUGUUGGAACGUCUUGUCGUUUUCGCACAUGGGUUUCGUUAAAGCAGAGGAGCCACAUGACUUGGGCUGAUUUCCUAAAUAAUAAUAUGUUUCAACGAAAAUAGUGUUAAACCACGUGUAUGUCACGUGCGCAGAUCAAUUUCCCAAUUAACCAUUGCUCUUCUUCUCAGCUAGCCUCUGCACAUUGACUUCACCAUACUCAUUACUCUUCAUCAUCAUCAUCUCUGUCCUUCUCUCUCUAAAAGACUAAGAAAAUACCUAAAGCGAUGACUGAAGAAGGCAAGAAGAAUCACCCACCUGGAAUCUCCGCCGACCAGUACGGUACCUUCCAAGGCGUAGCCAAUUAUCCUCCUCCUCGUCCUCCACCCCCUGCCAUCGGCUUCCCUCAGCCCGUACCACCGCCGGGAGCCGUUGAUCGCUCCGGUCAUCCAUCUCCUCACAUCUAUGAUCAUGGAUAUCAAACAGUUACCGGUUAUGCAGUUGCCGAAGGGAGACCUGUAAGAGAGCGCCGUCUUCCUUGUUGUGGUAUUGGCCACGGCUGGUUCCUGUUUAUAAUUGGUUUCUUCAUUGCUGGACUCCCUUGGUAUCUUGGAGCCGUGCUUUAUUUCUGUUCCAGGAGGAUGGACUACCGAGAGAAACCAGGAUACAUCGCCUGCAUAGUUGCUGCUAUUCUUGCCACACUGGCUAUUGUGUUCGGGGUAACCAAGGGAGCUGAUGAUUGGUAAAUUUGUGUCUGUCGUGAAGAUUUGUAUAGUUUGUGAAAGGGGUCGUAUACAUAUUUGCAGAUUCGUAUUACUGUGACUAUUUUGUAUUUUAUUCAUUGUGUGAAUUUACGAGAUUGAUUAUGAUAUCUCGAGAAUAGUCGAGAUUGAUUUUAGAUGCUCCCAACUUGAAUUAUUUAUUUAAUAUACUUGAUGUUAAUCUUGUUCAUCAA